AUGGCUGUCCUCAGAGUCGCUGGAAUGGAAGCUAGCUGGCUAUGGCUCGCAGCGGUUGGAGCUUUUGCCGCCCUUCUACGAUUUGUCACUCUAUGGAGAGUUCUACUUGAGCUCAUACUAGCACUACUCCUAGCUACCUAUACGGUUUACCGUUUGAUUUCUUACGCACGACCUAGAAAGGUCCGUAAGAUUCAGUGUUCAAGGAGAAAGAAAUCUAAGUUUCGUUUCCUUCAAGAGGAUGUUUGGCUGGACGAGCUAAGAAGGGUUGAACUGGGAAUCUUAUCAGGGGAACAAGAUGCAUCCCAGUACUCCUCAGUUAACGAGACCUUAGAAGAGAUACUCAAUCUUACUGUAUCUGUUUUCAUUGAAUCCUGGUACUCGAAUCUAUCGCAGAAUCAGUCGUUCCAGGAAAGCCUCAGGAAGGAACUCAAGCAAAUUAUACUAGCAUUGACAAACCGCUUACAUGCCUUUGAUAUCCCCGAGCUACUAGUUAUCAAAUUGCUCCCAGUGUUGCACCAGCAUUUUAAGGCGUUUGCUCGUGACUCGCCUUACCAGGCUCAGAGUUAUACUCUCAAGAGUAAAUUAAAAGCAGUCAGUUCUUCUGGCCAUCAGCUUCAUGAUGCUGUGUCCAUAUCUGCCAACAAGGAUCAUACUAGGGAGAAGGACUUCUUCAGGAAGAAGUUCUCAAAGAUUCUCCCUCUAGUUCUAUCCUCUGGUGAGUCGAGCAACAAUAUCAUACCUACAUUUCUACGUGAAGUGCUAGCAUCAUCAAUAUUUGCCAAUGUUCUUGACAUGGCUACCGAAGGCGAUUUCGUGAACAUGAUGAUUGUCAAAUUUAUAGGCGAUAAUCUUCAGCGCAGAAGUCAAGUGAAGCGACUCAGAGCUGCUUUAGAACAACAUACUCGUCAAUCGGCUGAUCCGAAGCUAGAAACGCUAUCCAACACGGUUAUCCCCGCAGUUUCUGGAAACUUUACGAAAGCGAGGUACCAUCAUUGUCUUCAGUUUAUUGAGCUAGGAUCGGACCUAGAACUAGAGGAGCUAGGUCGUCAAUUGGAGGCCGAGAUAUCGAAAAAGCGUCCAGAUCAGGAUCGAGAGGAGCGUGAACUCUUAAUGGAUACCAAGAAUAGGGUUCUGCAAAAGCUUCGUAUCUCAAGUGAUGCCCCGUCUCUAAGCACAAUUCUCGGAGAUUCUCAACUUCGAAGCCAGUUUGCAACCUAUCUCAAACAGAAUGACGCCGUAUAUUUACUUGAGAUCCACCAGUCUGUAAAUGCGCUUAGAUCACCUUUAAGCCAUGAUACUGGGCUUUCGCCAGAUACACUCGAAUUUGCAACAUUCGAAGCUAUUCGUGAUAUACACCAGAAGUAUUUGGUUCAAGGAAGCAAGUAUUUCUCGGAUGGGAUAAGUGCAUGUAUCCAACGUGCUAUAGACGACCUGUCGAAUAAAGACAACUUUGAGCGGGCUAAAGAGGCCUUAAUAGAGUUGCAGAAGGAUGUAUACAAAGCAAUGGCGGCUGACUUCUACGGGCCGUUUUCUAAAAGCGGGAAUAACAUGCCAUCACAGCAUAAACUGGUCGAUCUUUUCUCUGCCGACACCUCACUAUUAGAGCAUGACGAUUCUCAAUACGACGAAGGAGACACCGAAAAGUCUAUCAGCCCUACUGUCUUUGAGGCUGUGGAGAAGUCACUAGAACAGAUAGUGAAUAUGAAGCAACGAGGUGAAGUGCUGGAUGCAUCGAGAAAUCAAAGCACUUCUACUCUAAAGAAUUUGAUGGCUUCGCUGUCGAGCUCAUCAACUGUCAAUUUGGUUGGUGAUAUGCAUCGCCAUGCAAGCGGUUCAUCAAUUGGUACAAGUCAUUCCGGCUUGUUUGGAUCAAUCCCUCAUGAUGAAUCUGAUUCCGAUUCAGAAGCUUCUGAUCAUCUCGCUCUGUCCGAUCCGGAGCUUAGUAGUUCGGAAAUAUUGAGGGCUGCUCCAGGUGAUUUAAGUCUCUCGGAAAAGCUUGCAACCAUUGAUCAAGAUAUCUACAACCUUCGGCAGCAAAACGAAAUUUUGCUUCCCUUGUUGAAGAAAGCGGAACUUACUAACAAUAUGUCAGAAAUGUCUAUUCUCAAACGGUCGAAGCAGGGCUUGGACAGAGAGAUAGCCUCCAAAGAGUUGCAAAGACAGCACUGGAUUAUUCAAGAAAAUGAAAACAGUUUAUUUGGAAAAUCCAAAAUUCAAAUAUCAUCAUACAUGUCGGAAAGCAAGAAUGGUUCUGAAUACGUUCUAUAUAUUGUUGAAGUCCAAAAGUUUUCAAAUGAUGAUCCGAAUGAGAUUACAGCGGGCUGGGUUGUUGCUAGGAGAUUCAGUCAGUUUUAUCAACUCAAUGAAUAUUUAAAAAAGAGGUCACCCAAGGUAUCUGCGAUAAAGUUUCCAAAGAAAUCGGUCCUCAACUUUCAGAAAAAGCAGUUGCUCGAGAUACGAAAACGGGCGCUUGAGCAUUAUCUCCAGCAACUUUUGACCAUCCCCGAAGUUUGCUCUGAUCCUAUUUUACGGUCCUUCCUAUCCUCAGAAAACUUCCUGUUUGGGUCUUUAAGAAAGCUGAAAAAGCCUUUAGAAGAUAUUUUGGGAUCAUUCUCUCUCGCUCCUCAGAGCCAGCUGGUUCAAAGCUCUAGGGAGAAUGACAGCCCCGAAAAUGGGUAUCUUGAUAGUAUACGAGAGAUGCAAAGUGAGUUGAAACAAUUUGACGAUUCCCAAAGGCAAGCAAUAGGAAGAGUACCAUUCGUGAAGCCAAUAUCCGAAUUGCUUAUCGAUGUGUUUGAGUUAGGCUCAUCGAAAAGUUGGAUACGAGGUCGAGCCCUUCUUAUAAUUUUACAGCAAGUCUUGGGCUCAGCUAUCGAGAAGAAGCUUCGGUCUUCGAUCAGCCAUCUACUAGGCGAUGAAAUGAUAUGGCUUAACGGGCUUACGUCGUUGAGAGAUACAGUCUAUCCUGGUGGUAGAUUUAAAGACCCACCGGUUCUCAGAAGUGAAGCACAGCAAGAAAAAACACGAGGAGAAGCCAGAGCAAUGUUUGAGGUGUUCAUGGAGGAAACUUGUGGCAAGGUUUUCGGCUCCACUAAUACCAAACAGCGUUCCAAUGUUUUGUUCGAGUUAUUCCAGAAUGAUUAUUUCAACAAACUGCUCAUCUUCAGUCUUAUAGAGGAACUUAUCGCGGAAGCCUUCCCAGAGUUACAACAUGAAUAA